GACGGUUGUGGAUAGAGAUGUGUCUUUUGUGACCUUAAACAAGCUUGCUGGAGUCCAAUGGCCAUGGCUUCUGUAAGGAGCUUAAACAGACUAACCGUUGAUGAUCACCUGCAUCAUCAUCUUCGAGUCUGUGCGAAACCCAUCAAUGAUCAAGGGAUUCACCAACCAAAGGUAGUUGCUUUCUCAACACCCAUUUCGAGAAGAUGUGGGAUUUUGAUCCUUUCACUGCCUUUUAGCCUCAUUUUACUACCCCAGUUAUCAGAGGCCAGAGAGAGACGCAACAAGAAGAGUAUUCCUCUUGAAGACUAUCUCACCAGCCCAGCUGAUGGAUUGAGAUACUACGAUAUAGUUGAGGGAAAGGGCCCAGUAGCUGAAAAAGGAUCAAGAGUUCAGGUGCACUUUGACUGCUUAUAUCGGAACAUUACUGCUGUGUCUAGUCGAGAAUCUAAACUUUUAGCUGGAAAUCGUAUCAUUGCACAGCCAUAUGAAUUCAAGGUUGGAGAUCGUCCAGGCAAAGAACGUAAGCGUGAAUUUGUGGACAAUCCAAAUGGUUUGUUUUCUGCUCAGGCUGCACCGAAACCCCCACCAGCUCUGUACUCAAUUACAGAAGGAAUGAAAGUAGGGGGAAAGAGAACAGUGAUUGUUCCUCCAGAGGCAGGCUAUGGCCAGAAGGGAAUGAAUGAGAUCCCGCCAGGGAGUAUGUUUGAGCUGAACAUUGAGCUCUUGCAAAUUAUGCCACCUGAAGGAAAGUAACUCCAAUACAGUUCUCGUG